CACGGUACUGCUCGCUGCCGGUGCGACUGUUGCUACUGCUGCAGCUGGCUAAGAUGCGCCCAGGAAGCCCUCUUCCCCUCUGACCCUCGACGCGCCCUGCGCCCUGCGCCCUGCCCUGCCCUGCCCUGCCCUGCCCCCAGUUCCUGACUUGACUUGAGAAUGGCCAGGAAGAAGAACAAGCAGACAAACGAGACCCCAGGCGGGGGCAAUGCCAGCCCCAGCAGCGCCAUCGUCGCGCCCCUUGUUCCGCUGCAGGACGGGCCCGCGCCAGCCCUCAAGAAAGACAUGAAAGACGUCGUCGCCAGCUCCAGCUCCAGCUCCAGCUCCAGCUCCAGGCCCAGGCCCCUUGCGCCUGCGCUGCCCCAGCCGCCAGCAUCGCCUGCCCUGAUCAUCUGUCGCAACAAGCACUGGCGCUACAUCUCCUCCUUCCACGGGCCAUGGCUGCAGCUCCCCCACGAGAUCCUCGAGACCCUCGUCCACAUCAACUACAACACCCCCCGCCCCCGCCCAAUCGACCCCGCCGUCUUCUACGACCUGGUCAAGAUCCGCAGGCUCGUCGAUGAUGCCACCGACCUCGCCGUGCGCGCCGCAAGUGGCGUUGUGUCGCUCAACAGCCUGAACAACUCCCACCCUGCGGCGGCCCUGGGGCUCGGCUUUGGCGGCGGCAACCAGCCAAAGCUAAGCCCAGAGCGCAAACACAAGCUGCGGGAACAGGCCACCCAGAAACUGGCAAGGGCAUACCGCCUCGACGAGAUAGCAUGCAGUGUGGCCACCAUGCAGAGCGCAUCCGCCCUCGAGGACGUCGCCAGCCUGGUGCUCAAGAGAGACCCAAACAACCUCGAUGCCAAGUACGUCCACUUUUUCCAUGAGAAGAUCCCCAGCCGCCAGCUGGCCGAGUCCACAAGCCUGGACACCCUCAACCACGUCAUUUCAGGACAACAAUCCCAAGGCGAACCCCUGCGGACCCGCGCCACCGUGCGCGUCUUCAAGGAGGACUACGAUGGUGCCGCCAGGGACCUGACCGAGGCCCUGCAGGUCUUCCGCGCCCACAGGGCCCACGGCAUGCCCGGUAAGUCGACGGACCUCCAAGUCGCCGAGCCCGGCGCCCGGCGCCUGGACGUCAGGCUGGACGAGGACCAGCAGCCAAGCAGCCUGGAGAUACAACUCUUGUUUGCACGCGCCGGUGUUUAUCUGAGCAUAGCUUGUUUGCACGUGAAUGACGCCUUGCUGCCAAUACCACACGCGACAGGCGCGACAGGCGGCGCCGGAGGCCAGCCGCAUGUGCCAGAAGGGGCAGGGCCGGGCACGUCAACGCCCGCCGCGGACGUGCCACCCCCGGACCUUACCCCGGCAGACAAGGAGUCCCAGAGGCGCGUGCUCGAGGCCAGGAAGACGGUCAAGUCGAAUGCCAAGAAGGCGUUGCGGGACUACAUGGCCUACCUGUCCAACUUUGACUACUCUCCGAAUCUGCCCACGGACAUUGCCGAGGAUUUCACCAGGAAGGUGAAGGCCGGCAAGAACAAGGGCAGGCGGGCCCCGUCUCACAUGCGCAGUGACUCUCCUAGUGGUGAAAUCGCCCACACCGUAUACACGCUGAACGAGCUCUUCGCGGCAACGCCUCCGGGGGACCUCCCACCCUACCCUCCUGUGGACAUCACCCUGGCCGGCCCAGCGCCAGGCACAGACGCCACAUAUGUCGGCACCACCAUGGAGCUGGUCACAUAUCACCCGCUCAUGACCGACACCCUGCAUUCCUUGCUGCUGUGCCACGUCCUCGUACAAACCUCGACAAAGGAGCUGCAGCGCCACGCCUACAUGGUGGCACGCCUCGCGAGGCUCGCAGACGGCUACCCCAUGUUUCAGGCGAGCCGGAGCCCAGCCCGCGCAGACUGGAUCGAGGUCCUCCGUAGGGGCGACAACUGGGUCGGCCUCGCUGUCCCAUGGGAGAGCCUGUGCGCAGCCGCGCCGCUGUAUCCCGGGCAGAGCUCUCAGAACAGCAGCGCCAGCCCAAAGGUGCAGCAGGGCCAGAAGGCCCUCCCGGCCCCCGAGGCGGCGGGGGAGGCCAGGAAGGACAUUGGCGAUGAGGACCGUGAGAGGAUUAACCAGCAGGCUCUGAUGCGCGCCAUCGAGGAUGACCGAGUCGGUGACGAGGCAACCCUGCGCGCGGCCAUCAGCGCACACCGGAAGCGCGCCGAGGACGACCUGAGGGCGGAGCGGAUGGACGGCGGAGGCGGCGGCGGCGGCGAAGCCAACGGCGUCAUCGUCCCUGUCGCCAACGACCCCAAGCCCGCCUCGCCGGCCCCUCUGGACACCGGCAGCGACAAGGCCCCCUCGUCGGCCUCGUCCAGCGGAAGGCCCCCUUCGCCCGGCACGGCCCACCGCCGCUGGGCGAUGGACGAGGGUCGUGAGUACCCGAUCCUGACGGAGCGCGCCUCGGCUGUGGCGCGUUGGCUCCGUGAGGCGCCUCCCGGGGCCGGCGGCAGCGGCCACUCCAAGAAGAAGAAGAAGCCAGCCGUCGCUGCUGCUUGAGACGCGGCUGUAUACAUACAAUGCGCGUAGAAUUUCAAGACAUUGUUGAAAACAA